CCGCUGUGUUAACAGAAGUCGAGUAACCUGCAGUGAUAUCACGCGAUUUUCGAGUACGGAAUAAGCCAACAUGUCGGCACAAAAAUACAUAAUCGGUCUGGCUUUUAUAGUCGCCGUUUUUUUGGCUAUAAACACCGUACCCACUGAUGGUGCCAUCGGUCAGUAUGCCGCCGCCGCCAACAAGUCAAAUAAUCUGAUCGUCGGCUACAGAGUGCCUGGUGACAGACUUGUACUUAGGAGAAAUAUUUUCAAGCCAUCUUCCUGGAUGAAGGUCAUCAUUCUGGAGCAGACUUUCAAUGUCUCGUCAUGGGAACGCAUCACUAUGAUUCAAUCGCUUGAUCAGAUGACAAAUGGCAAAGGUGCUUUCGCCAGUCUUCUUAAAGGUGGACCCGGCUUUACCAAUGUUACUCUUAGGUUCACGAGUCAGAGAAACAACAGCAUCAGCCAUAUCGUGAAUAUUUACGCACAUUAAUCUUAGUGGAAACAGCUAAUAUUUUGAUUGGUAUGAUACUUCUUGAAUACGAUCGCACACACGCACGUACACACAUACAGAAAAAGUAAAAUAAUUAUGCAGGCUGCUAUGUGUCAACUUUAUAUAUCCUGAAUUAUAUAUUCUUAUAACACUGAUAUCACUGAUAUUGCCGCUAAAAUGUUUUUCUGCGUAUUCUUUGUUAUUCAUUUUCUUCUCUUUGGUCUCAAUUGUUUGACAUUUUGUAUAUUCAACUCCAAUAAAUAUCAGCAUAAUUGAUGCAAUUGUAUGUUUUCUUUCAAAUACCUAAAAUUAUUAUGAUUAUAUUUAGUUCUUUUGCUCACUAAAUGUCUGUAAAUGUGACUUAAAUCGGCAGUUGCGCUUCUUUAUCUUUGUCUCACAUCGUACGUUAGUUCGUUCCGUUAAUCAGUUAGUCUUGUGUUCUUUUCUCUCAUAUAAUUAUACGAGUACAGUAUUGUGUUUGACAUCGUGCGUAGUUCUCUUCCUUCUCAAUAUUAUAUUAUUGUAUUAUAUAUAAUAAAGUCUCUGCUUUUCUUGUACAACUCAA